AUGGCACGCUUCAUCACCAUCGAAGAGCACUACCUCUCUCCUCUGCUCCCAGAGGAGAAGGUUCGGUACAACCGCCCCAGCGUGAAGGACUUUGGCACCGCCGUGAUUGACAAGCUCGGCGACCUCGGCCCAGCCAGACUCGAGGCGAUGGCCAACGACUCCGUCGCGAUGACCGUCCUCUCACACCUGCCCGCGACGCCCGAACCAUCAGUGUGCACAGCCGUCAACAACGACCUCUACUCGAAAAUUGAGAAGCACCCAGACCAGUACGCCGCGUUCGCUCUGCUGCCACUUGAGGAUCCUGAGGCGGCCGCGGAAGAGCUCAGGCGCUGCGUGAAGGAUCUGGGCUUCGUUGGCGCCCUCACCGGGAAUCACCUGGAUGACGGCAGCUUCUUCGACACGCCGCAAUACUACCCCCUCUGGGAAGCGGCGCAGGAACUAGAGGUUCCCAUUUACAUACAUCCCACGUUCGCCGACGAGUCCGAGAUGAAAGUGAACUUCGAGGGGCCGUACGACAUCGAAAUCGCCAAGGCUCUGAGUGCCUGGGGCUGGGGCUGGCACUCGCGAACAAGUUUGCACUUCCUCCGCCUCUUCGCGGCGGGUACCUUCGACCGUUUUCCCAAACUCAAGAUCAUCCUGGGACACAUGGGUGAGAUGCUACCCUUCAUGCUCGAUCGGAUCGUCAGGUCGUCCAGCAAAUGGCCUCCUUCGGAUUUCCGCAAGAGGGGGUUGAGGGAGGUCUGGGAUAACAAUGUGUGGGUUACGACCAGCGGGAUGUUUUCCCUUGCGCCAAUGGCAUGUCUUCUGCAGGAGACGAAAUCUGAAAGGGUCAUCUUCAGUAUCGAUUAUCCGUUUUCGACGAAUGACAUGGGCCGGGAGUUCAUGGAGAAGUUGAAGGGCAGUGGGCUCGUCAACGACGAGGAAUGGGAGGGUAUUGCAUGGAAGAAUGUGAAGAACCUUCUGCGCCUGAAGUUUGAACCUCCGAAAUCCAACAAGAGAAGAGCAAAUUCAGAUAUUGAGAGGUAG